AUUUGUGAACCCCUCCUUUGGGGGUUGCAGUUCCAACCGAAGAGUAGUCACAGGCGUAGGCCCGACUAUGCUAUACCCUUUUCGUUCCGAGAGAUAGACCACGCGAUAAGACACCCUGCGACAAUGCCCUGCGACAACUCCAAGACCUCGUCGGAUAUCGAGCCAGUGGAUUGGAAUUCCGGUCAGCAUUAUGCGAAUGUCAGGUUCGGUUCGGGCAGCAGCCAGGCCUCCCAGAACAGCGGCGACAUCUGCCGCAUCUGCCACUGCGAGAGCGAUCCCCAGAAUCCGCUCCUGACGCCAUGCUACUGCUCCGGCAGCCUGAAGUACGUCCACCAGGCGUGCCUCCAGCAAUGGCUCACCGCCUCCGAGACGAACUCCUGCGAGCUGUGCAAGUUCCCCUUCAUCAUGCACACCAAGAUCAAGCCCUUCAACGAGUGGCGCAGCCUUGACAUUUCCGGCAUUGAGAGGCGACGACUGUGCUGCUCGGUUUUGUUCCACUGUGCGGCUGCCCUGUGCGUCAUCUGGUCGCUGUGUGUGCUCAUCGAACGGGCCGCCGACGAUGUCCAGCGGGGUCUGAUAGAUUGGCCCUUCUGGACGAAGCUGGCGGUGGUCACCGUGGGACUGACUGGAGGGAUUGUCUUCAUGUACAUUCAGUGCAAGGCCUAUCUGCAUCUCUGCCAUCGCUGGAAGGCAAGGAACAGAAUCCUGCUUAUUCAGAAUGCGCCGGAAAAGAUCCAUCCCAUUCCGCCUUCGCCGGUGGCUGCUCAUCAUCAGCACUUCAGCGAACCGUUGGCCCAUUCGGGUGCUGCCAGCGGAGCGGUGGAGAUCAAUGUCGGCGCAGGACCUGGCGGACAGGAUGGCGGUUGUGCGGCUAUGGAGAGCGGAGUGGGAGCUGGGCUGGGCUCCCACCAGCAUCAGCAGAUGCAGCAGCGACUGCUGAAUGCCUCUCCGCAUCACAUGCUACAGCUGGCCGCCGAGUUGGAGAUGCCUCACAGCAGCAGCAGCGCCUGUUCACAGACGGAGGACGGACAUGGUCACCAGCGACUCCAGCAGAUGCCACAGGGCGGCCAGCAACUGGGCCAGGUGGCUGUGGCCGCCAAUAUCGAGUGUUCGCAGUCGCAGCACAACUACGAUCGAGACUGGGCGCUUGACGACGUCGUCUCGCAGAUCUCUUCGUUCCGGCCCUGUCCCCAGGGCUCGGGCAGCAUGACGCCCUUCCACGACUCCAUCCACAAUGUCCUGGAGCAUUCGGAGGGCUCUAGUCGCGGCUCGGCCACGGAUCUGUGUGCCGGCUCUCGGCAGGAUCUCAGUGCCAGCGGCAUCUCCACGGAUACGGGCCGUGAGCACGCCCUUCAACUGAGCAGCUUCAGUGGUAGUGGCGAACAUAAGGCGCCCUCGAUCAGCUCUGGAGUGUCGCACGCUGUGGCCAAUGGACUCGGUGGAUUUGUUUACAAGCCGCACCAGUCCAAGCGGUACUCCAACUCGUCCAUCUUCUUGGAGAACCGCGACGUGCUGAGCGACCAGACCAGCAUAGAUCCGGAGACACCGAUGCAUCCUUACGAUUACAGCACACCGCCAAAGAUCGACUACCGCCACUCGGGCAUGCUGAGUGACGACUUGCCCAUUGGUUGCUGCACUGCCGACUGUCUAGGUGGAUCGCCGCCGAAGGAGGAGCUGCGCCGCUACUCGGAUCCGAAACUGAAGCCCGGGGAGGCGGACACUGUGCUGGACAUCGAUCUGCCCACAUCGCCACUGUCGCCGCCGGCCGCCUACGCCAGUCGGGGGGAGUCCUAUUCCCAUCAACAUUCGCAGGCCAUUCAUCGCAGCUUUGACCGGGUGGAUGGUGUGGCCAGCCGGCGUCCAUCGGAGGCGCAGGUGGAUCGAUCGCGGCUCAGUUUCAAGUCGUUGCCAAAUCUCAGCAGCAGCUGCGAGAGCCUCCUCCAGAAGUAGUCCUGCAAAACUGAUCUAAUCUGAUGCCCCAGCGAGCUCUCUAUCUCUCAACGCUCCUUCCUCCUCCUCUGUCCACCCGCUCUCUCUCUCUCUAUCUAUCUAUCCUCCAACUGCUCUCGAGAAGUAUUCAUCCCGCUGGUCGAAGGAGACCCCCGAUAUCCGGACUACAUACAAAUAUGAACUAUUUUUUUAUACCGCACACCAAGGGGCUUCUAAAGCCAGAAUUGUGGCCAGCGGCCCAGAGUAUCUUAGUUAUCCUCUUUGUGUUUUACAAUUUAUGUAGCAAAGCCCAUAAACAAUUUGAGACUGCAAUGAAAACAAAAAAAAAAAAAGAAAACUUAAAAGGAAAGCAAAUAUUGUAAGGAUAUGCUGGGAAGGAAGGAAGGAAAGAACGUGAAUUCGUAUAUCUAGACAUAGUUGAUGUAUAAUUUGUCUGUAUCCACGAAUAUAUACUGCUAAUUAUUGAACCCAUCCAUCCCCAGAUCCACCCAUGUCCAUGUCCUAACUUCUCCAAGCCAAAAACCAAACAGAGAAUGUAAUUAUUUUAGUCCAUGAGUACGAUGAUGAUGUCAAUGUGCAUUGUGUCCGUGUGUGUUUUGUUUCUUAACUUCUAAGUCAAAUGAAAUUUUAAAAAAUUGAUCUGUGAUUAAGCGUCAUUGAAUAUACAUACAUACAUACAUACAUACAACAUGCAUGCAUACAUUCGUGGCACGAAAAUGAUGCACGAAUGCAGUUGCAACCAUAAAUACAUACAUAUUGACAGCAACAGUGCAGCAGAGUAGCAAAUGCCCUAAAACAUUUUUACUUAAAAACUUAAAAACUAAAACCAACAACAGCAACAUGACAACCACUAAAAGCUUUUCGCGGUUAACAGGCGAAAAAUCUCCGAGAAUUGAGAAUUUGAGAAUUUGAGAAUUUGAGAACUGAGACCAACUCCCCUCUGAUUCUCUGUCUCGCAUUCUCGCCGGGAAAUAUUGAAUGAAAGCCGUUUUAGAUUUAGAAAUAGCAUAAACAGUACAUACUUAUGAUCGCUAAAAGUUACGAGCAUAAAAACAAAUGAGAAACAAAAAGGACAACUAAAUUUUUUAUUAUGUAUUAAAUAUUUAAAUAAAUAUGUGCAAACAAAUUAUCACUA